UCUAAAUCGUAGUUAUCUCCCCUUUUCAUGGCACUGUCAUGAACGAAAGAAUUAACGACUUUGGCAACACAGCUGCGAUUUGAUGGAUUCCUGCAGUCUACAGAUAUGGUCGAAACGGCUACCGAAAUUCUAUCGAUUGCUGUCUUGAGGUGCCGGAGGAGUUUUCAGAACAAGCUUUGUCUCACCUUAGAGGAGGCGGAGGAGGAGGAAGAAAGAUGAUGAUAUAAACAAAAGUCAUUGGACUGCGGCUAUGCUGGGGCAGUUUGGAAGGUUUAGACGAGCACAUCGACCCCAGUACUAAUUCUUAAAUCUGUUGAUCAAGAAAUAAAGCAGCAGUUGUAACCAACCAACUUUCCUGAGGAGUUUGACUGGAAAAAAACAAACACAAAACAGUGUUAUUACUGCAGCAACCACACAGUGUGGUCAGAUCACAAACUAAGGCAGCAACUAAUUUAUUAAUUUUGUAAAAUGUUAGAACCUGUUCACAGCAUGAGAGGGAAGCUGCCAUCACUUCACCGGAUUGGUAAAACAAAAUGCAUUGAUGAGGAUGAACCGCCACCAAUCCAUGAUCUCAGUUUUGAUCCGGUUCCAUUUGCACUUCUUGAAGACAAUCGCUUUGAUGUCAGUGAUGCAGAAGAAACACUUCGAGCUCUACGGAGAGCGUUCUGUAUAGUUUGUCCUGGAAGACAUGCUUGCAAACGAUCAUUUGAUCAUUCUGGCUUGAACAUCACACAUUGUCGUGAUGGCGUUGGGCUGGGGAAAUAUUAUCUUCAGCUCCAAAAGAUUAUGGAGAAGAGGGCUUGGCUAGAAUUUACUCAUGAUUGGAUGUACCGAGUGAAAUCCACUUUGCUUUUCAUACAAGAACUUGAAUCCAUGGUCUAUACUGAAUACUGCACACUGUAUGAUAUUAUGCACAAUAACCAAUUACCACAGGACAUUGAGAGCAAACUUUGUGGUUUGAAUUCGAUAUGUGAAGAUUUGCGAGUGCACAGCAACCACUGGAACAGUAUCCAACAGAGAAUCCGAACACAGCAAUGGAUGCAGCCAUUACUAAGUAGCGUUUACUCAGAGUUGAAAAUGUUAAAAAAAGUAUUUUUUCAGCUACAGGAUGCCACAAUAUGGUGGAUUCACAAAUUAAUUGAAAUUGGUCUUGUAGUAUUUUCUCACUCUCAGAUGAGUCAUGUUUCAAAUGAAGUAUUUUGGAGUGUUGCUCGCGGUCUGGAAGACUUCAAUUCUAUUGUCACAAGUGCCAAACUGAAUGCCUUUCACGACAAUGAAAGUAUAAUAUUCAAGGACCCUAAUUUAAUGGCUAUGUGGAACAGUAUUAUGAUAAAUUCUAAAUUUCACAAUUUAUCUUCCCUCAUUACUAUAUCACCCAUUUCUUUGAAUCACAUUUUGAAUUGUUUCGCAAACCAAAGGUCGCGCUAUGCCACUUUUGACACACAUCGAUUUCUAACGAAAAGCGAUGAAUUCAUCGACAACUUAGAUACAGGCACACUUCCAGGGUUUGUCUGGAAUGAUUUGUCUGCCAAUAUCAUGAGUGCAGUGUCAUCUGAGUCCUUUGAACAUCAAAUUGGUAAUGGCAGUGCAAGUUUGAGCACUGUCAUAUUAAAUGUGAACUCCUUAAAAGCUCCUGAUCUUUCUGUUUUAAUGUCCCCACUGACUGACUUCGUCAGAAGGGAACAAGAUUUUGCUGAAAAAUUUCUAAGUGUCAUAUGCAAUUCAACAAAUUUUUUACGUUAUGAUAAUACAAAUAAUUCUUCAACAAAGGACAACAAAGGUGUCACUACAAACCGGUUGACAGCUCGCAGAUUUUCUGGUACGCCGGUUCUCUCCAGAACAGAUUCACGUCGUAAAACUGUUUCCUGGGGCGACACUGCAAAUUCUUCUAUCAAAUCUCAAUUAGUUGCUACUUAUUUGGAGAAUAUAUGGCAGAACUUUGGUAAAAAUUUUGAACACCUUAUAUACGAACCAGCCUGGAAUGGUGAGAGAAGUUUAAUGAGGACAGAUGUCGGUUCCUUAUUUCUGGUUAACGACACAUUAGUAUUAAUGUUAUGUCGAAUGAUUUAUCAUGGCAUCGUUAAAGAUCUUUUCCCAUCUGGCUCAGUUAUACCACUGCAAAUAUUGGCACAGAAAAUUCACACAAUUGCUGCAAUUGGAUGCUGGGAUAACUGUGUUUGUAAAGUUGAAGGUUUAAGGACAGUGGAUAAAUGUUAUCCCUGUCCGUUAGGUAAUGGAGACUACAGCACAAAAACUGGAUUACUCUUGAAAGACACAUAUCAACCAUUAUUAUCUUCACUGGAAAAUUGUAUUCAAAGUUUAAACUCAACAGGGCCUGAGUCAACUUUACAGAAGUCUGUAACGGACCCAACUCAAAUAUUGUCCCUUUUCACACGCCUUCAGACCACAGCAUGCAUCGCAUUAUCAUGGUGCUAUUCCAAGACCCAUGAGUUCCUUGCUAGUUGGUCGAUUGGUUCGUUCAUUCUUGUCACACAGACAGACUUAAAGAUACUGUCUGAUGAAACAAAGCGUGCUGUAUGUAUAGCCCAGACGUUAUGCACAAACCUAUCGUUGUAUAACUCAUUGCACAAUGCCUAUAUACACUCUGCUCUCACUGAGGUCUAUCAUGAAUUAGAAGAUAUCAAUUCCCAACUCCAGUCCUUAUCUGGUUCAGUAAUGAAACUGUUUUCUGAAAAUUGUGGGAAAAUAUCGAAGCAGUUUUUCCAGAACAAUAUGCCUGGAGGCAAGAUUUGGAGGAGUAAAAGUGUGGGUAGGUUUAAUGAUUACACCAUUGAACAACAGGAUUAUAUUGAACACGCACUGGAAACAAUACUGGAACCUGUUGUGGAGGGUGUCAGUAAGCUGAGAGUGACGUCCCAACUGAGUGUUAUCUCAAUGGCAACUGUAGCCAUGUGUGAAGCUUGGACUGACUUCAUUUUGAAGGAGAAAAUUAAAUUUAGUUUACAUGGUGCUCACCAACUUGGUGCAGAUUUCAACUUUGUCCGAACGUGGCUAAGCAGUGCAAUCCGAAACAAUGAAGUCAGACAGAGUAUCACCCAACUCUCUGUUUUCAGCUAUUUGAAUGGAAUUGUGCUUUUACUCCAAAGACAACCGAAAAAACGAGCUUCUACUCGCUUCACCGACCCUUGUGCUAAUGAUGAUAUCAUCUUUGGAUUGCGGCCAUGCUGCGGCAGAGCCUUGAAGGGUUUAGUUGAACAAAUUGACAUCAGUUCGGAUACUGCUGACAGCAAUACGGAGAGUAAUCAUCGGGGAGCUAACUGUGAAAGUUCUACUGAGACAGAAGUGACAAACGAUGAGAAAGACAUAUGUUCCGUAUCAAACACAGAUGACUGGCUUGCACUGAGAGUGUGUGGUGGCUCUCGCACUUGGAAAUUUCCAUCUUGUUUCAAUAUACAACGUGAAGACACUUAAUCAAUGUUGAUAAUAGUAUUUUUACAGCUGGACAAAAAAAAAAGAUAACUUAUUUUACUAUGUGUAAGAAGAAAAAAAUGGGGGGGGGGGAAAUGAGUGUUUUUUUCACUUUGUAUAUACUAAUUAUGUAAUAGUGUUGUUUUUAUGGAACUCUUAUUUAUUUCUCUCUCAGAAAACCUAAUUCACUUGUGUGUCAUUUAAAAAAAAAAAAAGAAGUAUUUUUUAUCUAUUAGAGAGUGGAAAGCAAGCAGGAUUGAAAAAUGGGGAACUCCAGACUAAAUGCUUUACAGUAUUUAGUUUUUGUCCCUUUAACAAUUGUUAAGUUGAAAUCCCACCAGGGUCAAUUUUGCCUUUAAAAUAAGUAUCAGUUAUAUACUGGUUGACAUCAAUUGAUUAUAUCCCUCCCUUACAAAUUUGUGGCCUUGUGCCUGUAUAUGAAAUCCUUAUUUUAUAGUUAGAAUGUUCUGAGUUGGCAUAAAUAUUAGAGUACCCAGACUAAAGGCAUUAUACCAUUUACUAUUUUGUUCCUGUGUGCUCUGAGUUGACUUUGCCUUUUAUCUCACUUGGGUUGAUUAAAAUAGGUGUUAGUAAAAUAUGUACUGGAGUUAGUUUUGUUGGUUUGACUUAAGCCUUUGCGCCUAAGCAAAAACAAAAAAAAAUUUUUUUUCUUUGUUCUUUUUAGAAUAUUAGCAUUGAAUACCAUAAAAACUGAUAAACUCCUUGUGAGCGAAAUCCACGACCCAGUUGUAGCUAUUUCAGUUCACUUUAUGCUGCUGAUGUUUUUGAGAAAAGCAUGAACAUCUCUUAAGUCUCAUCUCAUCCCUUAUUCCCUAUGAAUCUGAACCCCUUGUGCCUAUGUAAGAAAUCGGUAUUUUAUCUUUAGAGAAGUUUAAAAUUAUAUUUUAUUUAUUUAUUUAUUUAAAAGUGAAAAACCAACACGUUAUGAGGUUGUUGGUAGUGUUGCCGUCGGUUACCAGAAAUCUGCUCUGAUUGAGCUGAAUGCAUAAUAUAUAUAAACAAAGGUAUCUGGCAGACAGAUUUAUACAUACCACAUAAUAAUUAUUGUUCACUCAUAAGCCAUCAGCUGUACUCCCUUAAUACAAGCAGUAUUCUCCUGCCUUUAAAUCUGGUGUUUGAUUUAACCAAACCUCAUAAUGUGGAUUACUUUGUAGCUGCGACCUUCAUGUCUGCUGUUGGAUCUUGUUUCUGUGUUGAAAACAAUGACUAACUUAAAGUAAAGAUUCCAAUGAUGUAUUAUCAAUUCGUGUCUCUUACAUAGACAGUAUCUUGUUGGUUGCUGUAGUAGCCAUCAUGUAAUAUACAUACAUCUCUCAUUGGUUGUUGUCUUGACUGGUAAUAUAAUAUUUUACAGAUGGUCUCUCAUUGGCUGCAGUGUUGGCAGGUCAUGUACAGAAGUACUCUCUCAUUGGCUUCUGUUUUAGCAGGUCAUAUGACACACUUUAGAAGCUCCCUUGAUGACCAAACAAAUUGGUUGGUACAUAAGUAUUAUAUCAAAUCUUUUGAAUUUUUGAAUCAUUUAAAAAAAAAAAAAAAUUUCAUUUCACUUACACACAUUAUUUAUCUACCAAUUGCACAUGCUGUGUAUGUAUGGUGAACAACUGUCCUGUUAUUUGAUUUUUUAUUAAAUCCCUGACUAACCCAUUUACAGUUUAGCAGUGGGUGUUAUGUGAGGGCCGAGGACCGGCUGAGUUGAAGAAGUUGAUGGCUUUUAUCCUGUCAGUGACACUACACUAUAUCCGUAGUCGAAAUUCUUAACUCUCAAUGACCCAGAUCAGUUAAAUGAAAAAAGGCACUAUAUUGUGGUAUUUAGUUCAUCACUAAAAACAAUAACAACUGGAAUUCAACUCAUUUUUUUAGGAAAGUUAUCUGUGAUAGACUGGCAUCCUUUCCAGAGAGAGGUUUCUCUCUCACUGUAUAGUAUUACAAAAACUGAAAUUGAGCACUGGUGCAGAGGAAUUUUUGAAAAGAUUAACUGUAAUGGUUGGUGUGAUUUCAAUAUGAAUCAGUUGAUAGGCGCCUAUUGAAAUUUAAAUUAUUAAGUGAAGUAAACAAGUUACUUUGACAGAGCUCAUGUCUUUUCAAGUAACACUCUUGAGAGGUGUUUUUUUAAAUUAUUUUUUUAUAGUUUAUUAAGAAGGAAAGGCAGCACCCAUGCAGAUCCUUCGAAAUUGGUGGUAGAAAGAGAGGAGUUAUUCUCGGACUAGAGGAUAACUGGUUAGAAUAUAUGCAACUGGGUGGGCUCUGCUAACAGCACCCAUAGACCAGGUGGUGGGUGUUAAACUAGUCAUUAGAUUAAUUCUACCACCGCAAGACCAGGUACAGUCCACCCACUGGGCUUCCGCACAAUUUCCAUCUAUUCAGUUGCACUGCCAAGGCUUGUGUUGAUUCGAGCCUGUGGUAGAAGAUAUUGGAUCCAAAGUGGUGCAGAGUAGGACUGAACCUGGACCCAUGUGAUAGUGAUGCAAAUUUCUUAACCACACGGGUCAUUGAGAUAUACUACUGAAUGGUGCUUACUCAGUAUUGGGCUGUGUCAAUUGAGAAUGAAGUGUCCUUGCCAUAAAUACAUGAUAAUAAUAUCUGUGACGGGAUAUACACUUUUGAGCCUUAGAAACAGUGUCCCUCUUACUGAUGAGGGUGAAUGAGGUGGGACACAACUGUUAAGUAAAUUUUGGUCCAUGGCCCUUUUUUGUUUUUUUUUUGUUUUUUUUAUUUGAUCUGAUCUGAUCUCAUGGCGUGUGUGUAUUAGAAUGACUACUUACUGACAGUUUGGAAAUUAAUUUGUUAUGUAACAGCGAAGAAAAGAUUUUUGGGGGUCUGUUUGUCAGUCAUUUACACUUAUUUAUUAUUAGUUUGUUAACCUAUUUAUUAUAAUUUCAGUGUUGAUUUUGGUAACAAUUUGUAAAAACAAAAUCUCCACUGCAAUUGUGCAACACUUUUUAAACAGAGAGAAUGAAUGUUUAAACAGACUGAUUACUGUUAGAUUAUAUUAAUAAAGAUAAUCAUCACACCUCA